AUAGCAAAAUACAUUCACAAAUCCAGGUGGUUCGAGAAGCUAUAUAGCUUUGGAAAUGGAAAAAACCAGUUGAUCUCUAACACCACUGUUGUCCUUAGUCGGUGUUGCUCUGAACUGAAGAGAGAGGGAGAGAGAGUGAAAAUGGCGGUGGAGUACAGUUGUUGCGGAUCGGAAUUCUUCAUACACAUACUGAUAAUCGUGCUGUUGGUGGUGUUCGCCGGAAUGAUGUCAGGUUUAACCUUGGGGCUCAUGUCCAUGAGCCUCGUCGAUCUCGAGGUUCUUGCCAAGUCUGGUACCCCUAAAGAUCGCAAACACGCUGCGAAGAUAUUGCCAGUGGUAAAAAAUCAGCAUUUAUUGCUUUGCACCUUACUAAUUUGCAAUGCUGCUGCAAUGGAGACACUUCCCAUUUUUCUUGAUCAUCUGGUUACAGCUUGGGGUGCCAUUUUGAUUUCAGUGACAUUGAUUCUUCUGUUUGGUGAGAUAAUACCGCAAUCUGUUUGUUCUCGAUAUGGUUUGGCAAUCGGGGCAGCAGUUGCUCCAGUUGUCCGUGUUCUUGUCUUUGUCUGCUUUCCUGUUGCAUAUCCAAUCAGCAAGCUAUUAGACUAUCUGCUGGGACAUGGGCAUGUAGCUCUUUUUCGCAGAGCUGAGUUGAAAACACUCGUAAAUAUGCAUGGAAAUGAGGCUGGAAAAGGUGGAGAACUGACGCAUGAUGAGACUACAAUUAUUGCUGGAGCACUUGAGCUUACUGAAAAAACAGCUAGUGAUGCCAUGACUCCCAUAUCUGAUACUUUUGCAAUUGAUAUCAAUGCAAAGCUUGACAGGGAAUUGAUGACUCUAAUAUUGGAAAAAGGGCAUAGCAGAGUACCUGUUUAUUACGAGCAACCUACAAACAUAAUUGGACUUAUCCUGGUCAAGAAUUUGUUAACGAUUCACCCAGAAGAGGAAGUGCCAGUAAAGAGUGUCACCAUACGUAGGAUUCCAAGGUUGCCAGAAACUAUGCCCUUAUAUGACAUAUUAAAUGAGUUUCAGAAAGGUCACAGCCACAUGGCUGUUGUUGUGAGACGGUACAAGACAACAGUGGAGCAGACCCCUAGCAGCCCUCUUGAAAAUCAAGUGAAAGCUGUGAAAAUAAACAUUGACGGUGACAUGUCUUCCAAAGAGAGGAUUUUAAAGAGCAAGAGAUCACUCCAGAAGUGGAAGAGCUUUUCCAACAGUAUGAAUAAUUCAUAUAAGAGUAGUUCUAGGAGCAAGAAGUGGUCAAAGGACAUUUACUCUGACAUUCUGCAAAUUGAUGGCAGUCCACUUCCAAAGCAACCAGAAGAAGAAGAAGCUGUUGGCAUAAUUACGAUGGAAGAUCUUAUUGAAGAGCUUUUACAGGAGGAGAUCUUUGAUGAGACGGAUCAUCAUGAGGAGGACUUAUGACACCAGUCUUUCUAUUCAGACGGAUUAUCAUGAAAACGUUGUUUUUGUUUUUGUUUUGGUAAUUUGCCUAUAUGAAUGUUGUUAAAAAGUUGAAACCACCAUAGGGAUAAUAGGGAGACCGUGCUGUAUUAAAAGCCUUUGAUCGUUAAUGAAGCGAGAAAGAAAAGUAUAGUUCCUUCUUUAAUAUUGCGUUAGCUUUAUGAGUAGAAGUGUAGAACUAUUGGUAGUGAAAGAUAGUCUUUCGGUUGGUCAAGAUGGACGAAACUUUGUACAUGUGAAUGAUAUGUGAUUUUAAUGUAGUUGUCUGCUA